CUCGGAUUCCAGGUGCCAAACGGCCUCACUUGGCGAGUUUUAUAUUGAAGGGAGCCAGACAGCACUGACAUGGAGCUAUGCAGGGUGAUUCCAAAUGGGAAUCUCUGUGGCAACAACUCCCAUCGCAGAUCAAACGGAGAGGUUCUGCACCAGCAUAAGUCAUCCACCUGCACUCGGAAUGGAUACCUGAGGAAAGUGAAUGGAAAGAAUGCAAUGAUAGCCCUGGUGACAGGAGGUGGAGGAUACUUUGGGUUCAGGUUGGGCUGCGCUCUUGUCCGCUCUGGUGUGUCCGUCAUCUUAAUGGACAUAAACAAACCGAGGUGGUUUAUCCCCAAAGGAGCUGUCUUUCUCCAGAGCGAUAUCAGGGAUUAUGAUGCUCUAUAUAAGGCCUGCGAGGGGGUUGAUUGUAUUUUCCACGCUGCUUCCUAUGGCAUGUCGGGCACAGAGCAGCUUCAAAAGGAGCAAAUUGAAUCAGUGAACGUUGGUGGAACUAAAUGCGUCAUUGAGGUAUGUAUUCAUCGAAAUAUCCCAAGGUUGAUAUACACCAGCACUGUGAAUGUGGUUUUUGGAGGACAACAGAUAGUCCAGGGUGAUGAGGAGACUGUGCCAUAUGUACCACUGGACAAGCAUGUCGACCAUUACUCCAGGACCAAAGCUAUUGCUGACCAGAUGGUACUAGCCGCUGACGGAACCCCGAUGAAGGGGGGAAACACACUUCGUACGUGUGUGCUCCGUCCACCAGGGAUCUACGGACCCCAAGAACAACGCCAUUUGUCGCGGGUGGUGGUGAACAUUGAGAGACGAUUGUUCAGCUUCAGCUUCGGAAACCCUAAUGCCAGGAUGAACUGGGUGCACGUGGACAAUCUAGUGGAAGGUCAUAUUCUGGCCGCAGAAGCGCUAACAGUGACCAAAGGUCACGUAGCAAGUGGCCAAGUUUAUUACAUCAACGAUGGAGAUUCCGUCAAUGUAUUUGACUGGCUAACACCGCUGUUUGUGAAAUUGGGAUACAGGCCAUGGAUCCGUUUGCCUGUGCAAUUUAUUUACAUAGCAGCUAUAAUAAUGGAAUACCUUCAUAUGGCUCUGAGACCCAUUGUGGAAAUCUCUCCCUUACUAACCAGGAAUGAGGUCCGGAACAUCGCUGUGACACACACCUUCAAGAUAGACAAAGCCAAAGAACAUCUGGGAUACUGUCCAAAAAAGUACAAUUUUGCUGACUCUGUUGAGCAUUACAUCAAAACCAGAUGCAAGCAGGACUACGGCAGCCCUCUCCUAUUCAAAGUGAUGAUUCUCCUCAGUGGCAUUUUACUCUGCAUUUUUGUUUCUCAAAUGUCCAAGUUCCUUUCCAAAACCCAGAUCUGAAAAAUAAACCAGCCCUGGAAAGAGCCACCUCCCCCGUCAAGUCGUUUACAAUGAAACAUUUCAAAUCAAGUCAAAUCUCACUGCCAGAUGGAACUCAGCGAUGAAGCUUUGUUCCACUUCCAUAUCCAUCAAUCUAUCUCUGGAUUCCAUUCCGACAAUCUAUCUCUGGAUUUUCC